GUGUGUCGUUCGGGUUCUGACCUUCCUGUGGUUGUUAUCCCGGGUGCACGCGUUUUCCCAUAGAUGAGUCCCGACAACCGGUUCGUCAAAAGCUUCUUGAUGCUGGGUAAGGCCGCCUACGUCGCCGCGCACAGUAUGGUGGCCAUGGACGCUGGCCACCUCAAGGGUUCGUGGAAGGGAGUCAUGUACGUCCUCUGCAUGCAUGACAGCAACAACAAGAUCAUCCACUUCAGCACUGUAAUCGCAGACAAGGAGCACGCGACGAAUUUCAAGUUCCUGCUCCAGCAGACCUGCCGGAACGAGCACAUGCAUCGACUUCUUUCGUCCGGCGAGGUGACGUUCUUCAUCGACGGUCACAAAGGAUCACCGGCGGCCCUCAGGGCGGUUGUACCGCAAGCGCCAUGGCGUGCGUGCGUGAGGCAGCUCAUCACCAACAAAAACAUGAAGGCAAUGGGACACGUGAGCCUAUUAGUGGCGGUUUACCGAGCGGCGGUGAUGCCUACCAAGGCCUUGUUUGAGGAGGCAAUUGAGCCAGUCAAGAAGGACUUCCCGGCCAACUACAAGCUCCUCAUGAAAGACGACCUUGACAAAUGGACACACCAUGCUACCCCCAGCAACCUGGUCAACCUGAAGAUGUCCACCUCCAACUCUGCGGAGUCCACCAUUUCCGUGGUCGGCCACCAGAAACGGGAAAUGGACCCUUAUCAUUUCCACAUCGAGAUUGCGGAGAAAACUGCGGAGCAACUCGCAACGAAUGCCGAACUACUGAAAGACUGCCAUGCCAUCCUCGUUCCAUUCGCGGCCAAGUUCAUGAAGGACGAGAGGUUGCUUAGUCUUAGUAACAAGCACGUCAAGAGCAUGGGCUUGGGCACCUACCUUGUUCAGGUGCACGGCAAGAACCAGUACGGCAACAGGGUGACAAUCGUGCUGCCGGACACGGAAGGGAAGGGUGGCCGCGUCGAGUGCACCUGCAGAGUCCCUACCAGGUUCCACCUCCUGUGCCAGGACGCCCUCGCGGUGUUGAAAUGUAAGCCUCCUCCAUCGGGUUGA